CUUCUAGAACCACAAGCCCACCGAGCGAACUUCGAUGCCCGUGAGAAACUCAGAAGAAACGCUAGUACCGAAAGGACAGUCUGUAAGAUGUCUCAAGGAUGUGCCGUAUGUAGGAUAGAGCCGAAAACCAAAUCGAUAGGAAACAAGCUGUGUGGAGCGGAAUUAGGAUUCGAGAGGGAUGCAAAGAAGUAGGAUGUCGGGGAAUGAAAAUCUACCGACUCACAGAUUCAUGGCUACGCCCUGUCCCAGGACGAACAAAAAGCUGCGCCGAACUUCUUAUGCGCGGAUCACGUUGCGUGGCGCACCCCAUUAGACACAUGUUUGGAUCUCGUCGUAGGACCAAAAGCCUGCUUGACCAAAGCGCAUGUCCAACGAGACAUCGCCGUCGCCCAUCAAUGUUAGCCUCUGCAGCUCCUCUCCUGGCCUUCCCCAGUCAGCAAACAUCAUCGGCCACUGAAACUAUUAUCCAGUAGCUCGACCAAGACCCAGAGAAUCGCCAGCGCAAUGAGCAAGCCCACAA